AUGAUCGUCAUUCGGGUUGACCUCGACGACUGUUUUGGUGCCGACCAAAGGUGGCGAUGCUUUCUACCGAACGACCGUCUUGGUACGUCAAUCGUGGAAAAGGCGAGGAGGACUCGGCGUGUCUCACGUCACGAAGGGACGCAAGGGGACGGAGACGGCCUACCCGCAGCGCCUCGCUCGACUGAGAUUCAACGGCGCACGACAUACGACGACUGGCGCCUCGCUCGAACUGAGAGGCUGACCGUCCGCCGGCGUACGGAUGGCGACGCAUGGGGACGCGUGGCACGAGGCACGAGGUUAGGGGAAGAACGCAUGAGUGCCCCACCAGACAACGGCUACACCGACCGUCCACAGCAGGGACUACCAAGUGUCUCGUGUCAGGUUGAGAGACAACAAGCACACGGGGAUCUGCACCAACUCGACCUCGAGCAUUAG